AUGCUUGGGCACCUUCAUGGUGUACUUCCAACUCAUGAUUCCUCCGAAUGUGGUGAUAUUCUACUCGAUAGUGGUGAUGAUUCUGAUGAUCCCAUAUACGUACCAGAUGAAACAAUUCAAGUUACUGAAAAAUCUUGUGGGAAGGGGAAAAAGAGAACAAAUCAACAACUUGAUACACAGGUUAAGAAAGAGAAGAACGGAAGUAGAGUUGCUACAAAAGUGGGGAAGGUAGGAGGUGCUGUUAAAUUGUCACAACAAAUUGAGCGGAUGGUUGAUGUAAUGGAGAAUAGGAGUACGACUUCAAUGAUGAUGAAAGGGUCCCAAGGUAGCAGCAUUGCUGAAGUGAUGAAAGCAGUCUCGUCUUUACCUGGUGCAGGGCCUGGGAGCCAUUUGUGGUUGUUUGCAACUCGGUGUCGUAUUUGGGUUUGCUAUUUGAAUUUGUUAUUUGGAUGGAGAAUGUGUGCUGCUGAGAUGUUGGGAAUGUUUGUGCACAUUCUAGGACAUGGUAUAGGGAAUAGGCUAGCACAAGAACGAUUUCAACAUUCUGGUGAAACUGUGAGUAGAUACUUUGGUAAAUUACUUGAUAUUGUAUGCCAUAUGGCCGUUGAUAUCAUAAAACCAUUGGAUCCUGAGUUUAAGGGAGUCCCGGAAGAGAUAUUGAGAGAUUCAAGAUAUAUGCCCCAUUUUAAGGAUUGCAUUGGUGCUAUAGAUGGCGUACAUGUUAAAGCCUUAAUACCUCCUGAAGAUCAAGUACCAUAUAUUGGCAGGAAAGGAAUACCGACUCAAAACAUAAUGGCUGCAUGUAAUUUUGACAUGCAAUUCAUAUUUGCAUGUGCAGGUUGGGAAGGCACUGCACACGAUACAAGAGUAUUUUUAUCAGCGUUACGAAAUAAUGCUUUAAAUUUUCCCAAACCUCCAAAUGGAAAAUAUUAUCUUGUGGAUGCGGGUUACCCACAAAUGAGUGGGUAUUUGGGACCAUAUAAAGGUGAAAGGUAUCAUCUUCCAGAUUUUCGUAGGGGUACUCAACCAACAGGUUCUAGAGAAGUAUUUAAUCACGUACACUCUUCCCUUAGGAGUGUCAUUGAACGCACUUUUGGUGUAUGGAAGAAAAAAUGGAGUAUUUUACGAGACAUGCCUAGCUAUCCAUUCGAUAAGCAAGUGAAGAUAGUAAUUGCAACUAUGGCACUUCACAACUAUAUAAGGAGGCAUGCCCAACGUGAUAUUCAUUUUGACAAAGUGAAUGACAACCCAAAUGCAAUGGAGAUGGAGGGUGAUGCACAAGAAGAAUAUCAUAUUACUCAAGGGCCUGGAGCACAAGAACUAGAAACAUUAAGGAACAAGAUUGCUGCAAGUUUAAUGCAUGCAUCUUCUUAG